GUGUUCACACACUUGCCUCUGUGUGCGUGCAUGUGCGUGUAUGUGUGUGUGUGUGCGUGUGUGUGUGUGUGUUCAGAGCAAGUAUUUAAAGAGCAAGCUAUUUCCUCUGCUCAUUUGCUCAUCAUGGAUAUGAAAGUUGCGUUUGUGAUUGUCUGUCUGUGUACUCUGGCCAUCACCUCGACUGAAGGUGGCAUCCCAAAAUGCUGCAUCACAACCAGAAAGAACAUUCCUAAGCCGUUGCUUAAGCAGGUUCAAAGAUGGAAAAUUCAGCAAAGCAGCGGCGCGUGUGACAUCUCUGCAUUGAUACUGUAUGUAAAGGGGAGGAGCAAGCCCAUAUGUGUUGAUCCUAAAGUGAAGAGAAUAUUGGUGACGCUGCUGCCGCUAAUCAAACGGAGCAAGCUGAAAGCAUCUUACUAAGAUGGAGAAAGACAAAUUUCCCAAAAUGUAUCUGUUGUG